AGGAACAAAUUCAGUCGCGUUUCAGGGGCUUUGCAGACAUGUGCUUCGCCCCCGUUGGCUUCCGUUCAUGGAAUAUUACCCGCAUACUUGUAGCGCUUCGCGAGUAUACGAAAGUGUCUUACGCAGUACCUAUUGUUACAGGAUUAAAUUCGGCUCGAUCGCCGAGUGGUGAACCUAGUUGACCGAAGGGUAGCAGGAUGCCAAACGUACUCCUUUUUGCCCAGUGGACAGCCGGCCUCCUAUAUAUGCUGUUCCGAAUUACCAAGGCGGAAGCAAACUAACGGUGGGGUAUAAAGCAAUGAAGAUAUUUGCUAUACCAAUGACAUCGUUCACUAGCACCCCUCUCGAAGACAUCCCUGAGAUCCGGGAUGCCCUUCUGAAAGGCUUUGGCUCGGGAAAGACGAAGUCUAUCAAGUAUCGCAAGGAGCAACUGCUACAGCUCGCAUAUCUCUUGAAAGACAAUCACCAACGCUUCCUUGAUGCAUUGGCCAAAGAUUUAGGGCGUCCUGCACUUGAAACAGACUUUACGGAAAUGACCGCAACCUUGGGCGACAUCUACGACUCGUACAACAACGUUGGGAAAUGGGCCAAGGAUGAGAAGGCGCCUUUCUCUGUCCUUUGGUACUUCAUGAACCCCACUGUUAGGAAGGAACCGAAGGGUGUAGUCUUGAUCAUAGGACCUUUCAACUUCCCUAUUCUGUGUCUGCUUAUGCCCUUGGCUUGUGCACUCGCAGCUGGAAAUACAGUCUUGCUUAAGCCAUCGGAACUCUCAACUGCCGUUUCAGACUUGGUCGCUGAACUAGUACCCAAAUACUUUGAACCUGGCCUCGUACGAGUUGUUCAGGGUGGAAUUCCUCAGACCUCCAAGCUUAUCGAGUAUCCUUGGGGCCAUAUUUGCUAUACAGGCUCGCCACGGGUAGCCAGAAUCAUCGCACACGCCGCGGCCAAUACCCUCACGCCUGUUACUUUCGAGCUUGGCGGCAAGAACCCUACCAUCGUCGAUGCCAAGGGCGACUUAAAACUUGCUGCCAGAAGGAUCCUAUGGGGUAGGAAUGUAAAUGCGGGUCAGGCAUGUACCGCUCCCGAAUACGUUCUAGUUAUGCGCUCAGUCGAGGAAGAAUUCAUCAAAGAGCUUCAGAACACAUAUGCUACAUACUAUGAAAACGAUCCCUCUGGCUCCAAAUCGUUCUCUCGUAUCAUCACCCAAGAGCAUGCUUCUCGUAUCGCGCACUUGCUUUCUGAGACCAAAGGGAAAAUUGUUGCUGGAGGGGAGGUCGACACUGAAAAUAAAUACAUUGCACCUACCAUCGUGCGCGAUGUUCCGCCCGAUGACUCCUUAAUGAGCGAGGAAAUAUUCGGGCCUGUGCUUUCAAUAAUUCCAGUGGACAAUAUUGACGAGGCAAUCGCAUUCGCUCAUGCACGGGAUAAACCAUUGGCCGUCUACAUUUUCACGUCAGACAAAAAAGUUAAAGAGAAAGUCAUAGAGAAUACAAGUUCGGGUGCUGUCUUCGUCAAUGAUGUGCUCAUCCAUCCGGGGGCGACUGGACUUCCAUUUGGCGGGAUUGGUCUCAGUGGAUAUGGUUGCAUGACCGGAAAGUGGGGAUUUAACACUUUCACUCACUUCAGGGCUCUGCUGGACAGCCCGGGAUAUCUUGAUACAUUGGCUCUAUGGCCUCGUUUCCCUCCAUACACUGACGAGAAGUACCAUAAGAUCAGGUCGUUGUCCGCAUUCAAGCUCCCUCCUCGACCUGGUAAUGCCGAAGCACCCAGACGCAAGUGGGGUUUGUACGCUCUAUUCGCUAUGUUCGGCGCAGUCGUGGCUGUCUUGGGCCGGAAAGUCGGUUCUGUUUUCGGCUCGACUCAGGAGUAGAUGUAUCACUUAUUGGGAUACUAUCUGGCAUAGGAAUGUUGAGAUAGUUGAUACAGCCACUAGUUUCACACUGUAGCAC